GAGCCUCUCCCAAAGCCCAGAACCCUAAUCCUUGCUCUCGGCUAGGGUUCUUCGGGCGGCGGCGCGCGGAGGUGAGAUGGCGGCGGCUAUUCAAUCCGUGCAGUGUUUUGGCAGGAAGAAGACAGCAGUGGCGGUGACAUACUGCAAGAAGGGGCGCGGGCUGAUCAAGAUCAAUGGCUGCCCGAUCGAGCUUGUGGAGCCCGAGAUCCUGCGAUUCAAGGCGGUGGAGCCGAUCCUCCUCCUCGGCCGCGAGCGCUUCGCGGGGGUGGACAUGAGGAUCCGCGUGCGCGGCGGAGGCCACACCUCCCAGAUUUACGCCAUCCGGCAGAGCAUCGCCAAGGCGCUGGUGGCCUUCACUCAGAAGUUCGUGGACGAGCACGCCAAGAAGGAGAUCAAGGAUCGAUUGGUGAGCUACGACAGGACGCUCCUGGUGGCUGAUCCCCGGCGCUGCGAGCCUAAGAAGUUUGGAGGCCGCGGAGCUCGCGCUCGCUUCCAGAAGUCCUACCGUUGAGAGAUCAAGGAAGAAGGAAGAAGAGAUUUUUCCAUCUUCUUUCUGCUACGAGGUACCUCUACUAGAAGUUUUUCUUGCUUUUGUUCUUCCUUAAGGAACUCUUUCUACAACAUCAAAGUACUACUACGAUUUUGGA